AUGAGGGAUGAACGUGCCAGCACGCCGCGCGUUCGUAUUGCAGUCAUCGGGAGUUCGCGCGUCGGCAAAUCAGCCCUAAUUGUUAGAUAUCUGACAAGGAGGUAUAUAGGAGAAUAUCAUUCAAAUACAGAUCUACUGUACAGACAAACGGUGCCGAUUAAUGGCAUGCCAGUGGAAUUAGAAGUUAUCGACGUGUCCGGUUCAAACGCCGACAAAUUUCCAGCGGAACAGAUACAAUGGGCGGAUGCCUGUCUCCUGGUCUAUUCUGUGACGGACCGCAACAGCUUCGAAUAUGCCACCGAGGUGUUGAACACUUUGAAACGGAGUCCACCGCAGGGCAGCCCAGCUCACGGCCCCACCCCAUCACCCUCCACAAUGCCGCUCGCCCUAUUAGGGAACAAGACGGACUUGGAUCACUUGAGACAGGUGCCAACGAAAGAGGGGCAAGCUGUCAGCGCGGCGCACGGCGCCUCGUUCAGCGAGGCGAGCGUCGCAGACAACUCCGGUGACCUCUACCGGUGCGUCGACCGCCUCCUCGCCGAGGUGCGGAUGCCGCAGCGCACGCGGAAAUUCUCCGUUACGAAAAUGCUCGGCUCGUUGAUAGGCGGCGCGACGAACAGCAGCCCGGCGAGCAGGAGCGGCUCGGUGGUAGCGUGCCCCAGGGUGCCGGCGCCGUCGCGGCCCCCGCUCGCUGCCGCGGCUCCC